AUGGGCUCUAUAUACGCCAACGCCAUUCUCACCAUAGGAGCCACAGGGGCCGCCAAACGCUCGGAAGGCUGCUUUUUGUUAAACCCAAAGGCUGAUGGUGGUCCCGAUUCCUUGUACAAAUAUGAAGUGCAAUUACCCAUUGUCAUCUCUGGCUGCUAUAUGGGGAAAUUCUUCGCCUCGCCGCUUAUGAGAUGGCCAUCAUUAAGGGGUCCGAACUUGAGGACUGGCCGCUGGGCUCAUAGGGCCUGGGUGCUGCAGGAAAGCUUCUUUUCAAAAAGGAUCGUGCACUUUGGCGCGUUCCAGGUUCAUUGGGAAUGCCAGGAAAACAUAGCCAGCCAAAUGCGGCCGUUUUCCAACGUUCUAUCGCCAGACUCCUCGAAGAAAAUUACCAAACCGGUCGUUAAUAUAGAACGGUGGUGGUCCAACCUGCUGCUACAGUACACCGAUCUAAAUCUUAGCGUGGAUGGAGACCGCCUUCCUGCCAUCGCUUCUAUUGCAAAAGAGAUCGCCGAGAUCUAUAAACUUACCUACGUGGCGGGCGUGUACGCCGAAAUACUUCCUCGGUGCUUGGCGUGGGCUGCUGCGGCUACCAAACGCAAAGAACAUUACUGGAAACGCAAGCCACUGCUACCUCCAAACGAAGAUCCUAGUCAGAGAGCCUCGUCUUGGAGCUGGGCACACUGGGAGGGCCAUAUCGCCACCCUGAACAUCGAUCAAAAUUUCCAUUUUGUAAAUCAUGUGGGAGGCAUGAAAGUUGUUGAGCGGGGAGACGAGCAUAGCCACCACCAGUCGUCGUUGCUCUCUUGGUCCCAGACCCGUCGCGUGAGCCGCGAGCAGCGACCUAUGAAAACAUCUGAACUUUCCGCAAAGGGCUUCUGCUAUUUUCAGUCAAUUUUUAAUCGCCAAGUUGGUAUGCCAUGGCCGUGGGAUUCGGUUUUCCACGCGAUACUCCAUGAUGAUGACCAGAGCAGGGGUGGGUAUCUAGGAAAUCGUGGAGUUGUUGUCUUUGACGAUCCUAUCAACGCCGCUCCGUUGGAAUUCGACCUGGUUCCGAUCGGCUCAGUUUUCAAACACACCUUUUUGGAUGACGAGUUCGUCGAUUCUGGAUAUUGGCGUAUCGAUAUGUCGCUGGCUGCUGAACGUGUCGAGGAAGACAAGAACUCUGCCACGCACCCGACGGGGGAGUCUCAAGUACAGGGAGGGGAUGGAGAAGCUGUGCUUCUUCCGGAGCGGUACCGGCGGCUGGGACUCGUAAUGCAGGUCAUGUGGCGUGUCCCCGAGCGCAGUAAGUGGGACUUCUUUUGCUGUGAUCUAAAGAUGACCGUUGUGAAAUUUAGCCCAUGCAUUAACCGGGUGAUGAAUUGG